CUACCAUAAGGUUGUUUAGCCAUUUCGUAAACAAAGCAAUGGAUGGGUGGCGCAGGUGAACUCUGAUUCAUUUAACAAUUUUCAACAGAUGCAGCUCAUCGCAGUGUAGUCUAGCGAAUGCAAGAUGUCGUCCCCAAAGGAGAAACCACAUGGGGCAGACACGUCUUCACACUUAAUGAUGGACUCCAACGUGUCUGCUUGUGCAGCUGAUAAGAAAAGUCCCCCUGGAUCUCGCACUCCAGAGAGACCUCCAAGUGAUGGUUCUCCCAUUUCAGAUGAUACUUGCCCCAUCUGUCUUGGUCACAUCAAUAACAAGUGUGUAGCUAAUUCAUGCCUACAUGCCUUUUGUUUAGUAUGUCUGAAGGAGUGGUCCAAACAGAAAGCAGUAUGUCCACUUUGUAAGCUAAGCUUCACAACAAUAAUGUAUGACAUUAAAUCUGAAACAGAGUAUAGAGAAUGGAUGGUUCCAAGACCAGAUCCACCAGAACGAAGCCAAGGUAUUGCUAAUUUUCAGGAGUUUCUUGAUGCAGAAAGGCGAAGGUUCUUUGGAUAUCGCACAACCAUGUUUCCUGGUGCUGCCACACUUCGCCGUCAGCAUCCUGGACGCCCACAUGCCAUUCCUGAUGCCAUUCCUUCUGGUCCUCGUGAACGCAGGCCCUCUAGGUAUAACCUAAGGGGUUCAUCUAUGUUUCGUCUUAGUGUUUAUCUCAAUAAUGUAUGGGUGCAACCAAUAGCAGAUAUUACUGGUCGUUACAGACAGAGUUCUCCAGAAUUGUAUCGAGAGCAACCUGCCCUUACACAUCGCUUAGUACCCUGGGUAAACCGAGAACUGGCAGCACUUUUACCGUCAACCAGAGUUGGGGCUGUGCUUGCAUUAGUAAUGGAUCUUAUUGAGAGACAUCCCAUCAAUUCUCGUGAAUUUCUCCGCACAAUGCAGACAUGUCUUGGAAGUCGGGUAACUCAUUUUGUUCAUGAAUUCUACCACUUUGCCCGCUCACCUUAUGACAUGGUUGGCCAUGACAAUGCAGCUCAGUAUGUACCAAGGUAUGGAUUUAAUGAUGAUGAUAGUAGCAGUAGCAGUUCAGAUGAUAGUGAUGAAGUGAUAGAGGUAGAUAUCAGGGGAAAUCCUAUUAUUGUUAGGUCUGGUAGAGAGAACCUUCAGGGUCCUGCAAUUUCUGGAAAUGUCGUAAGAGAAGAAACUCUUACACAUGAAGGAUCUGUAGUUAUCAGUAGUGAUAAUAACUCCAGCAAUGAGACUGAUGAACCACAACUGACACUUUUUCAGUCACAGGGAGAAGCAUCACAACUGGACUUAACAGAGACCCAUAAUCCAGAGCCCCCGGGAACACACACUAUGAGGCGCUUGCUUGGCCGUGCCAGAGACUUCCUGAGUACCAUUAAUGAAGGAGCAUCAACAUCAAGAUCUGAGGGAAACUCUGGAACAAAAAAUAGCAUAAAAAACACUUUAAAAGAAGAAAUUCCAUCAGAUAGUGAUGAUUCUGAUGGUUGCAUUGUUGUUGAGGAAGUAAAGAAAAGACAGAAGACACCAGAGAUAAUAGAUAUUGAUAGUGAUGAACAGGAGGAAGAACCUGCACCAUCAUCAAAAAGGAAUGAUAAUCACUGGAAGAAAAAACUUAGUAAAAAUUUUGCUGGACACAAGGGCAGCAGUGGUGUAAGCAUUUCCUCAAGGCAACAAAAAAAUAAAAUAAAAAAGAAACCCACUCUUAAACGAACAAAUUUUCCUCUCCCUGUUAGUCAGUCAGGCAGCAGUGGUUCUUCAAAAAAGAAAUCGACUAAAGAAGACCACAGUUACUGUAAUGAACAUGAAUAUGGAAAUACUGAAGCAUCCAGUUCAACAAGUUGUUCAAACUCUUUUUCAGGGUCUGUUCAAACUUCUUUUGAAAUAUCUUUGAAGUGGCAUAAAAGUUCAGAGAAUCAUGACUCUAGUGUAAGUGUGAAGAAGAAAGAUCGACAGAGUGGACAGCAGCAGAUCGGAAUUUCUUCCUCAGAAGAUGAAUCUAAUUUUCUGAGUUCGGAAAAUAAGAAACAUAAGUACAAAGAAAAGAGUAAAAAGGCUAGUAGUAAAACAAAGCAUAUGUCCAGAGAUAAAAUGUGUGCCUAUAGUUCCUCUCGGCACAGAACACAAUCGCCAUCUGGAGAAAGAAACUCAUCAGCAAAACGAUCAAAGAAGGACCAUAGAUGCAAGAUUAAGAGUUCAUCAAGAUCGAGUUCACGGCAUGAUACAUAUGCAAGACACAGUUAUGCUAACAGCCAUAGCUCAGAAAGUUCUUAUGAAUCAUGGUGCAACUCUGAUCGUCUUUGGACACCACCAUCAAGCAGAACAGAGGGAACUUCAUCUAGACAGGAUCAGCGUUGGGAUAGCCAGCAGAGCAGAGAAACAUCGUGUGAUUCAAAAGAUUCAUGUUACAGGGAGUGGAGAGGUGAAUACAGCUUAAAAUCUAGGCACUCCAGUAGAAAACGAAAGAGAAGGAGUAAGGAUCGGAGAAGGAGCGAUAAAAGCAAAAAGAGCAAGAAAAGUAAGCAUAAGAAAAAAGGAAAAUCAAAGAAGUCUGCUAUUAAGUCAACUUCUUCAGAAGAGACAGAAUCUAAAGAACAAAUAAGUGGGAAGAGACCAAAGAGAAGAAAAAGCAGAUUAAUGGAUAGCUUCUCGAGAUCUGAGGGAGACUCCUCAGAGCUUGAACCUAGGAAAAGAAUCAAAAGGACCAUGAUGAUAUCUGAUACAUCGUCUAAUUCAAAUUCUGUACACUCGUCAUCAUCAUCAUCAUCAAAUGAGGAGUCUUAAAGUGUAUCUAUUUUCUAUGAUUUUCUGUUAAUGUUUAACAUGGUAGAAUAGUCCUCUUAGAUACAUUACUUCUGUCAUUUAGAUUUCUUCAAACUAGUUACAGUACAGUAUCAGUGAAUGUAUAAAUUUCUAUGAAUACAAGGUUAAAAUAACUGUACAGUAAUCUUAGUAACCAGAUACUGUAUUGAAGAACUUUUUAUAAAUACAGUAUAGAAAUGAAGACUACAGGUAUAUAAAUUUGUUAUGGAUUUCUACAUACAGUACAGUAUAUUCUUCCUAUGUUACUGGUACUAUUAAAAUUUUUCAUUGUUUAUGCUCGACUGUAUAGCUUUGAUUUUUGUAAUAAAUUAGUUUGUACUUAUAAUAGUGAGUACUUGAGUUAGCAUAUAAUUUCCAUACAAGUAUUUCAACAUUUGAGUAAUGCCUGGCUAUGAUGAAGUUAAAUGUUUAAAUAGAUCAUGUGAUUCCCAUAAUAUUCUUAAGAGAUAUCUAAUAUGAAGAUAGAAAGUUUUAGAAAGUUUUGAUAUUCAUUUUAGGAUAAUGUUUUAAUAUUGUGAAUGGAAGCUGGAUAUGUGCUGUAAACAUUGCUAAAUAUUUUUGUUUUAAUAUUUUAUCAUAUUAGUGUGUGUUAACCCCUUGUGUAUGCAGUCCCCUCAGUGCUGAAUAAAAUCAUCUGGCAUUAGCCAUAUAAAAUAUUAACAGAGGCAUCCCUGUAGUGAAGGGGUUAGUGGAGAUAGUCUAUUGACCCCCACCCCCUUUUUUUUAUGGACUUGUAUAUACAGGAACUGUACUUUAUAUUUUAAUCGCCUUUUCAGUUACAACCACAUACAAAUUACCUCCAUAAUAAAUAAUCUUACAACAUAUCCCAAGUUACAGUAGUUCAUUCAAUAUUUUGUAAUUCGUACACAGUCUACCAGUGUUAAUUAAACCAAACCAUCAAAUUUCUUUAAUAUUAUCUCCUGUCACAGUGUUGUACACAAUCAAAUCCUCACAACAGACUUUUAACACUUAGGACAUUGUGAUGGAACAUUUUACACCAUCCAUCAUCAUUCUGUACCCAUUUUUUAUUUAUAAAAUAUUGUACACACUGAGUCAGGUCAGCCCCCCCCCCCCAAAUUGUUUCUAUUCAAGACAUUUUCAGAAAAUUCUCCUGAUUUUCAACCUCGGAAAAUUUGUUCCUGAAGCCAAAAUUUUUUGGAAAAUUCCGGCUUCAGGAAUGAUUUUUCAAGCAAAUUUCAUUUCUGGCUAUUGGAGAUUUCUGGGUUUGAAGGAUUCCGGCUAAAGGAGAUGCAGUAAUAUCUCCGUUAGCCAGAAUCCCUCAAAUCCAGAGCUAUCCGAUAGCCAGAAUUAAAAUUUUCUCGGAAAAUCUUUCCCAAAGCCGGAAUUUUCCGGAAAAUUCUGGCUUUGAGAAUGAUUUUCCAGGGGGCAUUUUCCGGAAAUUUUUUAGAAAAUUGUCCUGGUACCUGUAAAAUUCCAGGGAUGACAGAUUUUUUUUUUUUGGCUUUGAGAGAGUCGUCUUGUUACCCGGAAAUCUCUUAUUCCCGGAAGUGCUCUGCACCAAUUGUUCCGGCUAACGUAGAUAUUACUAUUUUAUAUGCAAAUGGUAACUGUGUUAGAACUUUCAAUUGGUUUUUAUUUACUGGUUUGGCAAUACAGUACAGUAUAUUUUGUUGUAACUUAUUUAUUGGUAUUAUUUUUAUUUAUUCCUCACAUUUACUGGUACUGUAUACAGUAUAUUAUUUUAAGAAAACUAUGGCUAUAGGAAGAAAAUCCACACAAGAGUUUUUUCCUUAAUACUCCCUGCUAAAAUAGGGGAUGCAUCUUACUGUAUAUAUGGCCAUGCGUCAUAUAUGCUGUAAAAUAUGGUAUAUUAUACAGUACUGUACAAUACAUAUAUAAGUUGAGCAUUAUUGUUGGCUUUGCUUGUUAAGAGUUUAAAGAUGCCCAGCUGCUAGCAAGUUUAUUAGAAGGAACUCCUGUGUAUGGCAGUGUUGUUACACUGCAGAGGCUUACUCCUGUACUUUAUAUAUAUAUAUAUAUA